UGCAAUCGAUAUGCACAACAAACCCGAACACAUGUUACUGUUGUGUAUUUCGGCCCGUAAAAAUAUGAAAUUUUAAUUGUUUAACCUGCAUGGUUAGCUGUACUUAGUGCUCGAGUGGAUGUAAUGAAAAGGGCUGCAACAAUGGACCAGUUACCGUAUCAGACAGCUAUUAAGAAGGCCCAGCUAGUGGAGAGGAAUCCCCAAUGCCAGGUGGAUCCCAUGCGAGUAUCCAUGCACGAGGAGGAAGACAUCAUAGCCCUGGCCCAGCAAAUCCAAAAUGCCGAUAGGCAGCUGAAAAAUACAACUUGCCACAAGCUAGGCGUUAUUAUGGAUCAGAUCAAAAUGCUGCAAGCCCAGGCCAUGGAAAUACUUAAGGAGUCUAAUGUUAACCGAGAACUUCAUGGUGCCGCCUGCAACUUCAACAAAAAGCCCGGACAAAUCUAUCAUCUGUAUCAGAGGGCAUCGGGUCAAAACUAUUUCAGCAUGCUAUCACCGCAAGAAUGGAAUCAAUCGGUUGACCAGACCUUCAAGGGAAGCUACAGACUGGAGUUCGAUUUGAGCUGGACACCUGUGGAUAAAAUUAAGGAGCAGGAUGAGAAACUUAAGUGGACGGAGCAGUGCCUCCAAAAAUCCAUGGACUCGACUAUGGCCAUUGAUUUUAAUUUAAGCAGUGACUAAAUUCUACAAUAAAAGUUAAGCAUAAUGUAAUAAUCAA